UAGAUACUCAUUUAAAACUAAACCAACACACACACAAGUCCCCAUUGAGAAAAGCAAAAUAAGAAGAAGAUUUUCUUAGAGUUUACUCUUGUGUUAUGCUCUGUUCUUCAUGAGCUUCAUUUCUUCUUCAUCACCAUAAUUAUGGACCAUUCACCUCAACAUGGCUUCAAAAGACCAGAAGAAGGUGAGUUCAACUUGAGAGAAUGGGGUCUCAAAGCUAGAAUUAGCCGAGAAAAUACCAAUUCUAGGAGAUAUUCUGCUUCAUUUAUAAGAAGUUUUAGAGAAGAUUCUAAGUCUUUUAGAUCAAACAUAACCAUUUCUAGCACAGCUUCUUCCCCUGGUUACUCCUUAAGAGAUGAAAUCGACCCAUCUACAUAUUCAUUCACCACAGCAAUCCAAGCUUUGCAAGCAAGGUCAGCAGCUUACAACUGUUGGGAUUGCUUAUCCCCAGAUGGGUUUGCUUUAAAUUCAAAGUGGAAUGAAGCAGAGAAAUACAUUUGUAACCCUCUUUCAGGGGAGUUUCCAAUGGAGUGUUUGUCUGCAAAAACACUCAGUGGAAGAUCCUUUCGUAAUGUAACAAAUAGAAUAACAAUGUCAGCUCCUCUCAUUUACUCUUCUUCUUCUUCUUCAUUCUCAAGGCAUAUCCAAACAAGGCCUUCUAAUACUAAUAACAAUGCUUUAGAAGACACACUUCAUAAGUUUCCUAUUCCAGAAACGAAAAUGGAGGUCAUGACUAGAGAUGUGGGGACUCAAAGCACCCCACCGGAGCUUAGUUCGAGCAGCCUUAGCCCUGCUUCAACACCACCAAUUACAGAAAGAUCAUUAAAACGUUUUGGGAUUGAAGGAGGAGAUUUUAACAAUUCAAAUGCAGAAGUAAAACCAGAAGAACUGGUGAGUGUGAAAGUGAAAGAAACAAGAGAGGAAGAAGAUGAAGCAGUGAGAAAGGAAGAAGAGGAAAAGACAAAGGAAAAAGAUAAGCAAAAGCAAAAGCAAAAGCGCAGGCAUAUUGGGUGUUGUUUGUCAUGGUCAUGGAUGAGUAAAAGGAAUAGAGAUAAACACAAAUUGAGAAGCAAAUUCUUUGUUCCUAAUAAUCUAAAAGGAUGCUAAUUCAAGGGCUACAAAGAUUCUCUCAUAUAUCUUAACCAGGAAUCUUGCAGGGCUAGCUAGUGAUUAAAAAAAGAGUCCAUGACAGGUGGGGAAAAUAAUAGUAUAUAUAUAGCACAAUCAUGUAAGUCUAUAUGGGGUCUAUGAUUGUUGGUUUCUUCUGAGUUUUUCUUCUUCUGGGGCAGUAGUGCCCCCACUGAUGUUUAUGUUUUUAUUCUUCUUGUGGUGAAAACUUGGCCUGACAGCUUUGAAUUCACGUGCAUGCUUUUUAA